CCUUAUCAGUUUUGAACAUUUCACGGUCCUCUAGAAUCCGAGGAAAAUUUUGGCGGCACAGUUCGGUUGUUCUCCAAAUAACCUUAGAAAAUAGUAAACGAAUCAUGGCGGGAAUCGCAACCAUCAAUCUGUGUUCGAGUUCUUGCUUCCGUUCUUCUUCAGUUUCUUUCUUGCGAAAACCAUCUGUUCUCCCAAUGCGAAUCUUCCCCGGAACGCCUAUGCGUAACAGAUUUCCAAAAAUAUUUGCAUUUUCGAGCAAUGAUAUCAAGGUGGGUUCGAAUAUUGAAGUUGAUGGAGCUCCUUGGAGGGUUAUAGAAUUUCUUCAUGUAAAACCUGGAAAAGGAGCAGCUUUUGUGAGGACCAAGAUGCGGAAUUAUGUAACAGGAAAUACAGUUGAGAAAACUUUUCGAGCUGGAAGUACGAUAACUGAGGCAAAUAUGAUGAAGGAAACCAAACAAUAUACAUACAAAGAUGGUAACCAGUUUGUGUUCAUGGACCUGAGUACAUAUGAAGAAAUACGUUUAAAUGCAUCAGAUGUUGGCGAUAAGACUAAGUGGCUGAAAGAGGGCAUGGACUGCAAUGUGCUCUUUUGGAAUGGAAAAGUUAUUGAUUUUGAACUUCCCAUCACAGUUAAGUUGACUGUGGUUGAUGUGGACCCUGGACUCAGAGGUGACACUGCACAAGGAGGAUCAAAGCCAGCGACUCUAGAUACUGGAGCUGUUGUAAAUGUUCCAUUGUUUGUGAAUAUUGGUGAUGACAUAUUGGUGGAUACGAGAACUGGGCAAUACAUGAGCCGUGCUUAACCAAUGGCUCCAAAGUUCUUACAAUCCCUUUUAUGUUUACCGAGGACUACCCUUGCUAUUGUGAUCCAUUUUUGACAGGUUUCAGAGAUCAUUGCCAAGCUCUCUUAACUAGAGACUUCCAAGAUGUAAAGUACUGUUGAAGACCAUAGAGAUUGGUGGUGCCAUCCAUACCACACCUGUGUAACCCGCCCUACCCACUGAUCUACUUCGACUACAUAUCAAUAGAAUACAUUUGAUUGACAUAAUCUUAAACUCAUGAGUGGUAUAGAUUUGUAGUUUAACUGGUCUCCUGGCCAUCAGUUCUAAAUAAGUCUACAUUGUCUAUUUGUACCACAUUUAUGCAAUUGCACUUUUGCAGCUAUAUCCUUCAAUGAAGCAGUUGUGACUGAUGAGGCUGUAUCUUAUAGAUAGGCCCUUGUACCAA